UUGUCACACGACUGCGAGAUCAGCUGUGCGUCGGUUGAAAGGCGUCUGCACGAUAAUGACAGCUUGUCACAUAUCGUCGUUUCCGUAACAGCCCGUGAGAAACCUAAAGUGUUUGUGAUAGAUCAAGUCUAAACAAAGUGGAUUUUUCGUAAUCAAACCAGAGAUCGAAUGAGUAGGCUUGUGGUUUCAAAAUGGUAUAGAAUUAAGAGGAUGAUUAUUAAGCAGAGUUAUCAAUCUAUUGUGGUUUGAAUUAUCGCGAUUCAGAAUAACAAAAACCAUCUGUUCAACCUUUUAAUAAUAUAGUGAGUUAUCCUCGUCAUCAGGAGAAGCUACUCGUUAGCAACAGAGUUUUUCACCGAACAGAAGUAUUUGUCUAGAACUUUAUCAGACAUGGAAGGUGGCAUUAUGGAGAGUCCUAGAAGAACAAUAGAAACAACAGAUUCUGACGAGAUUGCUUUGCAAGGAUGCUGUAGUCCGAAGAAACCACUUUAUAGAUUCAUCGGACUAGCUCUGAUGUGCCUACUUGGCUUUGGGUCAUAUUUUUGUUAUGACAACCCUGGGGCGCUUCAGGAUAAUUUUAGAACAGACUUGGAUCUACCAACUAGCAAAUUUGUCCUAUUGUACUCAAUUUAUGCUUGGCCUAAUGUGAUACUAUGUUUUAUCGGAGGCUUUUUAUUGGACAGCGUAUUCGGUAUCAGGCUGGGAACGGUAAUUUACAUGGCUAUAACUCUCAUUGGACAAUUUAUUUUCGCUUUGGGAGCCCUAGUAGAUACUUUUUGGAUCAUGAUGGUCGGAAGAUUUGUCUUUGGAAUCGGGGCCGAAUCAUUGGCGGUAGCCCAGAACAGUUACGCGGUUCUGUGGUUUAAAGGAAAAGAAUUGAACAUGGUAUUCGGACUCCAGUUGAGCUUUGCUCGUGUCGGUUCUACGGUGAACUUUUUAGUAAUGGAACCAAUCUAUAACUGGGUGGCGCAAUCUUACUCCGGUUACACCUGCACUGGGGUUGUUUUGAUGUUAGCUUCCACAACUUGUGUGGGUUCCUUGAUAUGUGCAAUAAUUCUGGGCCUGAUGGACAAAAGGGCAGAGAGGUUACUGAGGCGUGGGGAGGGUCAACAACCGGAAGUCGUUCGACUAACUGAUGUCAAAGACUUCAAGGGGGUAUUUUGGAUGGUCACUGCUGUCUGUAUAGCCUACUAUGUUGCAAUAUUUCCAUUUGUCGCUUUGGGAAAGGUCUUCUUUAUAAGAAAGUAUGCGUUCUCUCCGGGAGCUGCUAACACUGUUAACUCCUUGGUCUAUUCUAUUUCGGCUUUUGCAUCUCCACUUCUAGGCUAUCUUGUCGAUAGAACGGGUAAAAACGUCUGGUGGGUUUUCAUGAGCAUACUGUUCACGAUAUUGGCUCAUGGUCUGCUCACCUUUACUUUUGUCAAUCCCUACAUCUGCAUGGUUAUUAUGGGUCUUGCCUACUCCAUGCUUGCCAGUGGACUGUGGCCAUUGAUAGCCUUGAUCAUACCAGAAUAUCAGUUGGGGACGGCUUAUGGAAUAGCUCAGGCUGUCCAGAAUUUGGGCCUAGCUGUGGUCUCGAUAUUGGCUGGCAUGAUUGUCGAUUCUGGUGGAUAUUUUAUGCUGGAAAUGUUUUUCUUGGGAUGGUUGUGCGUAUCGCUGAUAGCAACUAUUGCAAUUUGGAUCUUGGACACGAAUUCGACCGGAGGCUAUUUGAAUAUGACGCCAGCAGAACGGGAUGCUUAUGACUGUGGUCGCAAGCAAGCUGAAGCACUCGAAAGAGAAAAGCUUCUCAAUGCCGGAUCUACUUCAGACUUGUCAGCAGAUGAUCUGCUUUUCCCACAUUCGGACAUUCACAUACGAAAUCGAUACCUGUCCCGGAUAGGUGCAAAUCUGCCAGCCCCGUCGAAAGGCCCAACCUAUAGAGCUUUACGAUGAAUUUGAGACGAUAUAGAUACAAUGUUUUAAUAUUUGGUUGAAAGAAGUGUGUAAUAAUGUUCAAACAUAUGAAAUUUCACGGGAUCUAAAGAUACGCGUUGCUGCUCAUGGGGACUCCUGCUCAUGCUUUGAUAAGUCUUCCUAAUUAUUUAUCCAUUUUCUGUGAUACAAAAAUAUCACAGUACCAGUGUUGAGGGUCAGAAAUUUUCUUUAUGUCCAAACCCAAUCGUUAGAUUAAGUAGGCACCUUAGUGCACCUUGACUUCAUGUUAUGAUAACUACAAUUUAAAAGUGGGACUAUCCCUCGACUGAUUUGACUUGACGCAGAAUUCGUAAUGUACCUAAUUUGUAACGAAUAUAGUUUUCUCACCACCGAUUGUUAGUUGUGUUGAAUAUUUGAAUUGUAUAUGUAUUAUCGUACAAGUGAUAAAUCCAAUAGAACCAUCAAUCAUAUUACUGAAAAAUGGUAGUAAUUAUACUGAUAACGAAGAGAAAAGCAUAUAAUUUUAAACAGAUGAAAUAUUAUCAAGCUAUAUAUAUUUUUCUCACAAUCAAUCUAGAUAAAUGCAUAGGUGUCAAAUAUAUUUAUGUAUAUGUAUGUAUGUUCUGUAUAUAUCCGAUAAAGAGACUAAUAUACUUGUGGUGCAUAAUAAAAAUAAUUGCUGUCUGAUUCAAA